AUGGCCGAGCUCACUCGCACCCUGCCUGCCUCAUGGUACUGCAACAAGCCACUCUAUGAAAUGGAGCGCAAGGCCGUCUUCCUCAAAGACAAAGAAUUGCGCAGCCACCUUACACCAACUGGCCUGCUAUUCUCAACAAUCGCCGAUGAUGCACCUUCUUUCCAUGAGUUCUUCCCAGAACUCGAGGCAUUAUUGGGUAAAGUUGACUUCACCCGGCUGCCCUACCGACGCAGCAUUCGCUACGAGGGUCGCUUCAAUUGGAAGACAAUGUGA